CGCCUCUUCACGAUCUUUGACUCAGAUGACGUUUUGGCGCCCAAUAUUCUAACGCGUUUCCACUGCGCCGCCGUUCGUGUUUCUUUUGCGUGUUUGUCGCACGUUGCGCGUUUAUUUUACCCGUCGGCGUUGAGUUGUAACCUCGCAUCUCGUCCGAAGGAAGAAGCGGAACGACAACAUGCAGCGGAGCAUCGCAUCCUUCUUUCAGCCCAAGUGUAAGGUCACAGACGUUCAGAAGGUCACGGCCGUCCAGAAGGUCACGGACGUUCAGAAGGUCAAGGCCGUCCAGAGGACAUCUGCUCCUGACCCCGUGAAGAAACCCGCCAAAAGCCCCCUGAAGGUGCAGAACGGCGCCCGGGAAGCGGAUUCGCCCGUCAAGAAGGUCGCCAAACGCAGCCGCCAGAUCCUGGACAGCGACGAGGACGAGGAGGAGGAAGACGCUCCGGGGGUUAAAGAGCAAGUCGCCGCCGAGGCACCGGGAGACGAAGGGGCUGUGGAUGAAAAAGAAAAGAAGGAUGACGUCUUCAAGGCCGUUCCCACGCCGCUGUCUCCUCCGCCCGCCCCCGUGACGCCGGCCUCUUCGGCUUCGCCCGGCACCCCGAGCUCCACCUCCCCCUCGGAGAUCGUCAAGCGCAAGACCGCGAGGAAGAUGUUCCCCAAGAGGAAGCUGGAUGAGAGCAGGAGCCGGAGAGACGAGGCGGAGGCCCCGGAGGAGCAGGGUCAGCAAAACAAACGCCCCCGCGUGGAGAGCGGCGCAGGGAGCGCCGAGGAACCCAUGGAGGAAGGGGCCAAGGAAGAGAGUGUUGAAGAGGCAGUGACCGAGGCUAACGGCCCAGAGGAGGAGGUGAAGGAGGAGGAGGUGAAGGAGGAAGAGGUGAAGAAGAAGAAGGAGGAGGAGGAGGAGAGAAAGACCUCUGAUGAGAAAGUAAAGAAAGCUGAAGGGGAGGAAAAGAAAAAUAAAGCAAAGGAGAAGACUGAUGAUGAGAAAAGGCCCGUUGUUGCCAAGAAGAAGAAGAAGAUGAUGGAGGAGGAGGAGGAGGAGGAGGUCAAGGUCAAGGUCAAAAAGGACACGCCCGAGCAAGAAGAGAGCCCAAAAAGUCAAACGGCGAGAAAGCAGAAAGAUAAGGAGCCGCUCAAGAAGGCUCCCAUCAGCAGUUUCUUUGCUCCCAGGAAAGCUGCAGCGAAGACGGAGAAACCGGAGAAGGACGACGGGGAGGAGGAGGAGGGGGAGAAGAAGAAGACGACGAGCGGCGAGAGGAAGACGAGCGGCGAGAGGAAGACUUCGGCGGAGGAGAGCAAAGACGCCAAAGGAGAGGCGACCUCGGGACCAACGGACUACAACCCGACCAGGGCCGGCUACCAUCCCGUAGACCACGCCUGCUGGAGGCGGGGCCAAAAAGUGCCGUACCUGGCGGUGGCUCGCACCUUCGAGAAGAUUGAAGAGGAAUCUGGCAGGCUGAGGAACAUCGAGACGCUGUCCAACCUGCUGCGCUCCGUGCUGCUGCUCUCUCCAGACGACCUGUUGUGCUGUGUGUACCUGUGUCUGAACCAGCUGGGUCCGGCCUACCUGGGGAUGGAGCUCGGCAUCGGCGAGACGGUGCUGAUGAAAGCUGUUGCUCAAGCGACCGGGCGACAAUUGGACAAAAUCAAGGCGGAGGCGCAGGAGAAGGGGGACCUGGGCCUCGUGGCCGAGAGUUCCCGUAGCAACCAGCGCACGAUGUUCCAGCCGGCCGGUCUGACGGCGGGGGGCGUGUUCAGGAAACUGAAGGAAAUCGCCAGCAUGAGCGGGAACUCGGCCAUGAAUAAGAAAAUCGACAUCAUCAAAGGCCUCUUUGUGGCGUGCCGCUUUUCAGAGGCCCGCUACAUAGUCAGGUCCCUGGCUGGGAAGCUGAGAAUAGGCCUGGCUGAGCAGAGUGUCCUAUCAGCUCUAAGCCAGGCGGUGUGCCUGACCCCCCCUGGACAAGGUUUCCCCCCUGCCGUGCUCGACGCCGGGAAGGGAAUGAGCGCCGAGAGCCGGCGGGCCUGGAUCGAAGAGAAGAGCCUCAUUCUCAAACAGACGUACUGCGAGAUGCCCAAUUACGACGUCCUCCUCCCCGUCCUGCUAAAAGAAGGCAUAGACGAGCUGCCCAAUCACUGCAAGCUGACUCCAGGUGUGCCCCUGAGGCCCAUGCUGGCCCACCCCACCAAAGGCGUCGGCGAGGUGAUGAAGCGCUUCGACGAGGCGGCGUUCACCUGCGAGUACAAAUACGACGGAGAGCGCGCGCAGAUUCACAUUCUGGAGAGCGGCGAGGUUCGAGUGUUCAGCCGCAACCAGGAAGACAACACCAGCAAGUACCCCGAUAUCAUCUCCCGCAUUCCUAAGCCGGGGAGCAUGGACCUGUGUGCUCUGGAGGCCUCAGGAAAGAAAGUCAUGAAGAUUAUUCUUUAA